AUGGCCAACAUGGGCGUUGCCCAGAAGGGGCUCAUCCAGUAUAUGUCAGACUUACACCUUGAAGUUGGCAACCAGUAUUCUACCUUUGACUUUCCAGCCAUGUCACCCUACCUCCUGAUUGCUGGAGACGUAGGCAGCUUGGCCGACUACGAGGAGUACCUCGCCUUCAUCCGCCGUCAGACGAACCGCUUCGAGGGCGUGGUGCUCGUCCUAGGCAACCACGAGUUCCACGGCCUUGACCACGACAGCGCAAUUGAGCGGGCGCGACGGCUUGAAACGGAGCCAUCUCUGGAGGGGAGGCUUCACAUUCUUUACCGCGAUAGAUUCGACACCCCCGGCUCGCUAGUGACGAUUCUGGGAUGUACGCUGUGGUCUCUGGUUCCCGACGAGGCCAGGGCGGCGGUGACGGCCAAAGUCAAGGACUUUGAACAUAUCGAAGCAUGGACGGUUGAUGACCACAACGAGGCGCAUCUGGCAGACGUCACUUGGUUGAAGAGGGAAUUGGGUAAUGUGCCGGAGGAGAGGUCGGUCAUUGUAGUCACGCAUCACGCGCCGUCGAUGGAGGGGACGUCGGAGCCCAGGCAUAGCGGCAGCAUUUGGUCUUCGGCGUUUGCUACGGACCUAUUGGGGGCAGGAGGCUGGGAGAGGGUUCGGUGUUGGGUGUUUGGGCAUACACAUUAUUCGACGGAUGAAGUGGUGCAGGGAGUUCGAUUGCUGAGCAACCAGAGAGGAUAUGUACGCGAAGGAGGAGUUGCGAAGGAUGGACUUGAUCCCAGCAGAGUCAUUGAAUUAUCGCGCUGA